AAAACAAAAAAAUUCAAAUUCUUAGAAAAAGUAACUGUCUUGUGCUCUUGUCUUUUCAUUUGGGAUUUUCUUCAUUUGUUGUCUUAGUUUAUUCAUCACGUUUAACGUUAUUUUCAAAAAUGAAUCCUGUGAUAACAUUCAAUAAGAGCUAUGAACAUAGGCUGCAAGAAUAUACAGAGAUUUUAACAGACCCUCACCAUAAACUUGUUCACUCCUCCCAAGUGCACAAAAAAUGGUCAAUUUACGCGGAAUUGGCUAUCCAGGUAUCUGGAUGGUAUGCCAUUUGGAAGAUACCGAGGCUUAUAUGCGAACAACUUAAAAUUGAAUUCCCGAUAACUGUAUUUGUGCAUGUGGUAGAUGUCCAUUACGAGAAACUGGCAGCUACCGUUAAAGUUCUUGCAGAUGAUGGCGACACAAAUUUGUCAGGUAGACAUUUUAUCGUUCCACUAAUCGAACUAUGGCCGACCAAAAAACAAGAUCCAUCUCACCAGCCAGGUCUUUCCUCGACCGCCGACUGCCUGGAUAGUUUACGAGUGUUUUAUCUUUACAUCUUUAUGCCGUGGGAUUUAGAAGAGGACGAUUCCAUAAAUUGGGUUCGCGAGCAUUUGGAAUCACGUCUACGUUUGUUUUACGAAAUAUCCACUAAUAACAUUCCGAAGCAUACCGCUGUACAUAUAAAUAACUUGAUAACUGAGGCGCGGCAUUUACAUAAACGACGGUGCGUGGAAGACGAUGCGAAAUAUCGCGUGCGUAUGAUGCAAAUCCGGAACGAAGUGGAGUUUCUUGAGAAUCCCCUCUUGCGGCUUGCCCUGCUUAAACGGCGGGAGCGAUUGGUACCGAAACGUAAAGGUAACGAGCCGGCUCACGUUGUGGUACUACCCCAGGGCAAAGUGGACGAUUACAUCACGUUUCUUAACCAUGUCAAGCCCCACGUCGGCGCAACGAACGUCCGCUACAAACCCUCGUUAAACACAGCCUUAAUCGAUGGGGCCACCGACGAUGUCAUUUUACUCAGCAACUGCAGGCAUAGCUUUAAAGAAUUGUACGCCCUGCAGAACGGCGGGGUGUUAAAAGGUCUGUUCGGGAGAGACGACACGGUCGUAUUCUCGCCGCAGGAAAUCAACAUGUUGGACUGCUGUGGCACUUGCACCUUCGAAAAUCUAACGAUAGAAGUACAAGCCGCUCAAUGCGGCUUACUCGUUCGGCAAGGCACGGUUACCUUGAAGAAUUGUAAAUUCGUUAAUGCCGUCAAGUCCCAUACGUGCGACGGUAUUAUUGUCUCCCCUGGUGCAAUAUUAAACGUAAUCGACUGUGAUAUUGUCGGCUUCGAGAGAGCCAUCAUUGCAAAUUUUCUCUCCAAAGUACAUGUGACCAAUACGAAGAUAGAAAAUGCCCGUUUCGGUUUGACAAUUUACGAUAACAGCACCGUUAAAUUGGAUUCGUGCCACUUCAGAAACUGCUGUGAUUUUGCUGUAGGAGUAGAGACUCGUAACGAAUUAGAAGAUUGUCCCAAUGGCAACUUUGACAUGUUAAAAAUGUUUCCGUUUGUCACCAUUAAGAAUGUUACGGGAGAAGGUAAUGGCGCUGAUUGUAAUAUCAAUUCUGUUGGAGAGAUAGACUUGAUACAAGAUCUUUUAAAUGCUCAAUCAGAUGACGAUUCAAGCGAUGAGACGCUUGACACAACUAUAGUGAAGUUGAAAUAAAGGGUCUUAAGUUGAUCAAUUUCUUUGAAUUAUAAAUUAAUGUUAAGUUUAGAAAUUUGUUAUUUAUGUUUACAUUGUUUAUAAACGUGGGGAUUUCAAUUAAAAGGUUCAUUAAAUUUC